CCAUCCCUUACUCAUGGCGCUCUCUUCCCACGCCACCACCGCUGCUGCGGCGGCGGCCGUCGGCACCUUUCCCCAAUCCACUCGCUCCUCUUCCCGGCGAUUCCCCGCGUCGUCUGUCUCCCCCCGCCCCCCGCCGCCCCCGCGCUCCCUACGCCUCGACCAUGCCGUGGCGCCGUCCCUCUCCCCCGCCACCAUGCCCGCGCCCGACGGUCUCCUCGCUGCAGCCAUCGAACACCUGGAGCGCGAGCCAGCAUCCGUCGCAGCCGACGAGGCUCCGCUCGCGGCGCUGUCCCCGCGGGAGCUGCAGCUGGUGCUCGUCUACUUCGCGCAGGAGGGGCGCGACACCUACUGCGCGCUCGAGGUCUUUGACUGGCUCCGGCGCGCCAACCGCGUCGACGGGGAGACCAUGGAGCUCAUGGCCGCCAUCGCCUGCGGCUGGAUCGAGCGCCUCGUGGGGGCCGGCGGGGACGUCGCCGACGUUGCUGCGCUGCUCGGGGAGAUGGACUGCGUCGGGCUGCGGCCCGGGUUCAGCCUCGUGGAGAAGGCCGUCGCGCUCUACUGGGACCGCGGGGAGAAGGAGCUAGCUGUCGAGUUUGUCAGAGACGUGCUCAGGAGAGGGGGACUCGGAGCCGGCGCGGGAGGGGAGCACAGCUCUGCCAGUGGCGAUGGUGAGCGGGGAGGGCCCGUUGGCUACCUCGCCUGGAAGAUGAUGAUGGAUGGAGACUAUCGGAAUGCUGUCAAAUUGGUCAUUGAAUUUAAGGAGACCGGUCUCAAACCUGAGGUGUAUAGCUAUCUCAUUGGCUUGACUGCCUUGGUUAAAGAGCAAAAAGAAUUCUCAAAGGCUCUGCGAAGAUUAAAUGCAUCGGUGAAGGAUGGCUCAAUUUCUAAACUGGAUGCUGAGAGCAUGCAUAGUAUCAACAAGUAUCAAUCGGAUUUGUUAAGUGAUGGUGUUCUUUUAUCGAACUGGGUAGUACAAGAGGGCAGCAGCGAAGUUCUAGGACUUGUGCGUGAGAGGCUCCUAUCAUUGUAUACUUGUGCUGGUUGUGGCUUGGAAGCUGAGCACCAACUUUGGGAAAUGAAGCUUCUUGGCCGAGAACCUGAUACACAGCUCUAUGAUGUUGUAUUGGCAAUUUGUGCUUCUCAAGGGGAAGCUGCUGCUGUUCGCCGCUUGCUUGCAGGAGUCGAGUCAACCAGCGCCGGAAGAAGGAAGAAGUCUAUGUCAUGGCUACUGCGAGGCUAUGUCAAAGGUGGCUUCAUUCUAGACGCCUCAGAAACACUCAUUCAGAUGCUGGACAUGGGCUUGCUUCCUGAUUACCUGGAUAGAGCUGCUGUACUGACUGCACUGCGGAGGAACAUACAGGAAUCCGGCAGCCUAGAGUCCUACUUGAAGCUUUGCAAGCGACUAUCUGAGACAGAUCUGAUUGGACCAUGUAUUGUGUAUCUAUAUGUCCGCAAAUUCAAAUUGUGGAUGGCACACAUGCUUUAGAGUUCUGAUGAACCCUUUCGUCAUAUAUCCACUCAUGGCAGGUACAAAAUGGAGAUCUCUAAAAAAUGUGUGUGGCUCAAACGCUUGUCCCUGAUGAACAAGACAUAGAAGCUUCAAUUUCGGUGAACCGGUUGGUACAUAAUAAUGGUUCCUUGUAUAUUUUUGACCGAAGUAGAGGUAUCAACUGGUUGUUUGUUGUAAACAGCGCUGUUGUAGUACUCUGAACAGAGUCCAUAUCGUACAUGUAAAUUCUCUGUGUCACUGUUCUCAUAUGCAGUUGCUGUUGAAAUCUGUGCGUUACUGCAGCCUGUAGGGGAUAGGCAAAAUGGAAACUUUUGUUGAUAUAAAUAUAAUGUACAGUUCUGUCGUGACUGAACUUCUAAAGUUGUACCGAGAUGAACUUCUAAAGUUGUACCGAGAUUACACGAUACAUCUCUGUUUUUC